UGAGUUUGGUUUGGAGCAAAACAGGGAGUUCUGACAUUUCCGGGACUGAAUCCAGACAAGAGGAAGAAGAAGCAGAGGGAGAAGGAAAAGAGAAAAUAAGAUUGGGAGGAAUAAAGGGAGGAGAGAAGCAGAGGCAUAGAAAAAAAAAAAGUCCUUUUUUCAACAUCACAUUCCUGUGUUUUCCCUGAGCCUGGAAAACAUAUUAAUCCCAGCGCUUUUACUCCCGGAAACAAAGAGACUAAGCCAGACUGUGGGGGAAAGGGUGAUAAGAAGGCUCCUGGAACUCCAAAGAGGGAAGAGGGAGAUUCAGAGCUCUCUCGGAUUCCACUGUCAGGGACGUCCUGUGUCGGCGGACCAGCUCGCCCAGGCACACAAGACCACGGAGAAACUGCGGACAAAUGGAGACACAAAGACUUAAAAGGACAGCGCCUUUCGCCUCAUCCUACUUGUCCAGAAGGUAAAAGCCACAGCCAGAGGGAACAGGACUGAGCUCAGCUGUCAGCCCCAGAGAGGCUGUGGAUCCGUGGUGCUUCUUGGAAAGCUGGAGCUGCGGGGGCGCAGCACAAGCCUGGUGUCUUGGCCACCCUCGGAGAGCGGAGAGAGGCUUGGGAGAAAUCGUGUAUCCAGGAAACUGUCCUGGGGACCAAACUUCAGAUUUCUUUGGAAACUCUCCGCAUUCCAUCUCUAUGAGCCACCAUUGGAUUACACAAUGACGUGGAGAAUGGGACCCCGUUUCACCAUGCUGCUGGCAAUGUGGCUAGUGUGUGGGUCAGAACCCCACCCCCGCGCUACACACAGAGGGAGCCAUGGAGGGCGGAAGGGGCCUUUGGUGUCCCCGGUUAACGGCAGCAGGCCAGGACGGUUUCUGAGGCACACAGGGAGGUCUCAUGGAACUGAGAGAGCCACCCUGGGAGAACCAAACCUACGGCCUCUCCAAAGCAGGAGGAGCGUGCCGGUGUUGAGACUAGCUAGCCCCCCAGCGCUGCCAGCCCCCCUGGACGCCCACGGGACCCCUGAGAGACCUCAGCUGAGACCUGCGGCCAGGAGCUCUCCUCGCGAGAUGGUGCGGGAUGAGGGGUCCUCCUCUCGGUCAAGGAUGCUGCGCUUCCCCUCUGGGUCCAGCUCGCCCAACAUCCUGGCCAGCUUUGCGGGGAAGAGCCGGGUGUGGGUUAUCUCAGCGCCGCACGCCUCGGAAGGCUACUACCGCCUCAUGAUGAGCCUGCUGAAAGCCGACGUGUACUGCGAACUGGCCGAAAGGCACAUCCAGCAGAUCGUGCUGUUCCACCAGGCCGGCGAGGAAGGGGGCAAGGUGCGCAGGAUCACCAGCGAGGGCCGGGUCCUGGAGCAGCCCCUGGAACCCAGCCUUAUCCCCAAGCUGAUGAGCUUCCUGAAGCUGGAGAAAGGCAAGUUUGGCAUGGUGCUGCUGAAGAAGACGCUGCAGGUGGAGGAGCGCUACCCUUACCCGGUCCGGCUGGAGGCCAUGUACGAGGUCAUCGACCAGGGCCCCAUGCGCCGGAUAGAGAAAAUCAGGCAGAAGGGCUUUGUCCAGAAAUGCAAGGCAUCUGGUGUAGAGGGCCAGGUGGUGGAGGAGGGGAACGAGGGUGGUGGGGGAGCAGGAAGGGCAAGCCUGGGCGGGGAGAAGAGGAAGGAGGACCCCAGGAGAGCACACGUCCCUCCAACCAGAGACACGCGGAUCAAGGUGCUGCGGAAACCUGCCACCGCCACCGCCACGGCGCCUCUGGCACCUGCCCCCACCCCCAGGGCUACCACCCUAGCCCCGGCUCCAGCCACAACAGCCACUCGGGUCACGUCCCGGGCAGUAACUGUAGCAGCGAGACCGACCACCACCACCCCCUUCCCCACCACUCAGAGGCCCUGGACCUCCCGGGCGCACACCUCCUCAGUCUCCCACAGGACCCCUGCUACAGCCGAGGCGACCACAGCCAGGGGGCCCCCAGUCUCAGACAAUCUCUACCCUCCAGCCAGGAAAGAGCAGCAGAGGGAGAGGCCGCAGAGCCCCAGGAGGCCCAGCAAAGCCACCAGCUUUGAGAGCCUCACGGCCGCCCCUCCCACCGCCAUCUCGGAGCCCAGCUCCAGGGCUGCUAGCCCAGGCCGUUUCCGGGACAACCACACGGACAGGCGGGAGCAUGGCCACCAGGACCCAAAUGUGGUGCCAGGGCCCCACAAGCCAGCCAAGGGAAAACCUCCCAAAAAGAAGGCGCAGGACAAAAUUCUCAGCAAUGAGUACGAGGACAAGUCCGCCCUCAGCCGGCCCACAGCCUCUCAGCUAGAGGAGGAGCUGCAGGGGGGCAAGAUCCCUUCCCCAAAUGCAAAGGAGUCUAAAAAGCACGAAAAGCUUGAGAAACCCGAGAAGGAAAAGAAAAAAAAGGUGAAGAAUGAGAAGCCAGACAAGCUCCUCAAGAGUGAAAAGUCCGUGAAGAAAGCUGAGAAAAAGAGCAAACAGAAAGAGAAGUCCAAGAAGAAGAAGGUGGGCAAGGCAGAGCAGGGGGGUUACCCCAAGCCCAGCACCAAGCAGCCCCCGCAGAGCCCCAGGAAGUCUGCAGCCGACCUGCUGGGGUCCUUCGAAGGCAAACGAAGGCUUCUGCUGAUCACUGCUCCCAAGGCUGAAAACAACAUGUAUGUGCAACAGCGUGACGAAUACUUGGAAAGUUUCUGCAAGAUGGCCACCAGAAAAAUCUCAGUGAUCACUAUCUUCGGCCCCGUCAGCAACAGCACCAUGAAAAUCGACCACUUCCAGCUAGAUAAUGAAAACCCUAUGCGAGUGGUGGAUGAUGAGGACUUGGUGGACCAGCAUCUCAUCGGCGAUCUGAGGAAAGAGUAUGGAAUGACCUAUAACGACUUCUUCAUGGUGUUGACAGAUGUGGAUCUGAGAGUCAAGCAAUACUAUGAGGUGCCAAUAGCAAUGAAGUCUGUGUUUGAUCUGAUUGAUACUUUCCAAUCCCGAAUCAAAGAUAUGGAAAAGCAGAAGAAGGAAGGCAUUGUUUGCAAGGAUGACAAGAAGCAGUCCCUGGAGAACUUCCUAUCCAGGUUCCGAUGGAGGAGACGGUUGCUAGUGAUCUCUGCUCCUAAUGAUGAAGACUGGGCCUAUUCACAGCAGCUCUCUGCCCUCAGUGGUCAGGCAUGCAAUUUUGGUCUCCGCCACAUAACCAUUCUGAAGCUUUUGGGUGUUGGAGAGGAAGUUGGGGGAGUUUUAGAACUGUUUCCAAUAAAUGGGAGCUCGGUUGUUGAGAGGGAAGAUGUGCCAGCCCAUUUGGUGAAAGACAUACGUAACUAUUUUCAAGUGAGCCCUGAGUAUUUCUCCAUGCUUCUGGUUGGAAAAGACGGAAAUGUCAAAUCCUGGUAUCCUUCCCCAAUGUGGUCCAUGGUGAUUGUGUACGAUUUAAUUGAUUCGAUGCAACUUCGGAGACAAGAAAUGGCCAUUCAGCAGUCACUGGGGAUGCGCUGCCCGGAAGAUGAGUAUGCAGGCUAUGGUUACCAUAGCUACCACCAAGGAUACCAAGAUGGCUACCAGGAUGACUACCGCCACCAUGAGAGUUACCACCAUGGAUACCCGUAUUGAACAGAAAUAUGUAACCUUAGCUCUGGCCAGUUUCCCCUGCAGCUGCACACACCACAUGUGGCCAGCUACACCAAGGAGUUCUUCCACACUGCCUACAUUCUCUGCCUGUUCCUUUCAGUGUUCUUCCAAGAUUAAAUAAAUAGCAAACUUUCACCUA